UACCCCAUGUGGUAAACAGUGAGCAGUUCGAAUGGUGGAAUUGACUCCAUCUCCUCUGAAAAUCAUUCUGUACAUUUGAUAGAAGCACGGACCUUUAUGUAGAAAGAGUCGUGGUAAUCUAGAACAUCAGAACAGUGACAGUUGCCUCGAUCAUACUUCAGUCUUUAAUCAUUAAGCUUGUAAACAUAGGCUAGAGAGCUAGCUAACUGAGUUCUUUUACAACAUGGCAACACUCAUGCCUCACGUCAGAAAAGGCAAGAAGAGAGCCCCAGACCCGGAGGUGGACUUGGAUGAAGAGGCAAAUAAAAGAGAAAACAACGUUAAGUUGCUGAGAGUCCUGGGCGAGCAAGAUGCAUCCGUCAAACUGCUGGAGGAUCUCGUCUUUGGUGCGGAGGACGAGUUGGUGGAAAGAUUGGAGCAUGAAGCAGAUGACAUGAGGGGUAGCUUAUUGGAUGAGGAGGAUUCCAGUGAUGAUGAGACUGUAAAUGAAUCACGGCUUCAGGUCCCAGCAGCGAAGAAAGCUGUUUGGGAGGAUGACGAUGAUGAAGUGGAGGAAGAGGUGGACAUGGCACACCGGUUCCGCAAGGACUUCACCAAAGGCAGUGCAGAAUCCAGAAUGACCAAACAGAAACUACAACAGCGACUAAAAGAACAGUUCCAAAAGUCUAUGGGUGGAGCCCCCUCCUGGGCCGAGAAGGAAGUGAAGAAGAAGAAGAAGAAAGAGAAGGAAGAGGAAGAUGAGGACGACGAAGACAAUUUUAUGCGCAAGACUGGCAACUUUGUGGGGACAUCUGAGAGUCUCCCCAAGGGAAUUAUAAGGAUCAAGAAGUGCCUGAACGCCAACAACGAUCGGCCCGCAGAUGACCGGUUGACCACUGUCCAGUUUCACCCCUCAGCUCAGGUUGUCAUGACGGCAGGAUUGGACCAUUCCAUCUCUCUCUUUCAGGUGGACGGCAAGACCAACCCAAAGAUCCAGAGCAUCCACCUGGAGAAGUUUCCGGUGAAUAAGGCCUGCUUCAGUGCCAACGGCGAGCAGGUGAUCGCCACAGGCAUGAGAAACAAGCUCUUCUACAUCUACGACAUGAUGGAGGGCAAGAUCAUCCCAGUCCCCGCAGUCAGAGGGUUGACUGAACAGAGGGUGAAGGAGUUUGAGGUUUCUCCUGAGGGGGACUUUAUCCUCUUCACCGGUUCCUCAGGAUAUCUCCACCUCAUGACCAUGAAGACUAAGGAGGUCAUCAGAAGCAUGAAGGUCAGUGGCAACGUGUGUGGGACGGCCUUCUCCGCAGACGGCAGCAAGAUCUUCUCCAAGUCUGAGGAAGGCGAGUUGUUCAUCUGGGACGUGAGGAGCAGUAAGUGCCUGAGCCGCUUCCCUGACGAGGGCUGUGUGGGGGGCACCUCCAUCGCCUUGUCACCUGAUGGACAGUACCUGGCCUGCGGGUCCCAGUCGGGCGUAGUGAACGUGUACUCCCAGCAGGCCUGUCUGCGGGAGGCGGAGCCAAAGCCCCUGAAGGCCGUCAUGAACCUGCUGACCGCCGCCACGGCGCUGCGCUUCAACCCCUCCUCCGAGAUCCUCGCCAUCGCAUCCCGUGCCGACGACGAGGCCAACCGACUGGUCCAUCUUCCCAGUUUGACGGUUUUCUCCAACUUCCCUGUGUUCCGGCGGAAGACCAUCUACCGCUCUCAGUGUCUGGACUUCUCACCCAACAGCGGGUUCUACUCCGUGGCCAACAACAAGGGCGCCGCCCUGCUCUUCAGGUUACUGCACUAUAAGGACUUCUGAAGACUUAACUUAAGUCCAGAGAUGUCGGGUCAGUCUUCACAUCGUGUCGUUGGAGAGGGAGUCGUUUGGUCUGGACAGGUUGUGGUCAAACCAUCUCCAUGGGCAAGAGUUGCACCACCAUUUGCCCUACAAGAGACUAUUUCUAAUUUUCUUACAGUGCUCAGUAGGUUGUGUUGAAUAUCCAAUGGAUAUUGACUUCAUGUUUUCUGAAAAUAUAAAUACAAACUUCACCUUUAGUUAUGGGAGAUGAUGUGUUGAUGUGCAUUUUUGUGAUGAGGCAAUGCAUAAGCCCUAGUUGUGGUUUAUCAGAUAAUCAUGUAGAAAUUUGUUCAUUUGACAUUGUCAAAAUGCUCUUUGUAAAAAAAAACAUUUCCCAACCAAA